AUGGCAAAAAAAAUCACUGACUUUUUUACGGUUAGUGAAUCUGAUUCUGGUUUACUAAAAAGGAAACUUAAAGAUAUCGACGAGUCAAAUAAAGUUGAUGACAAGAAGGUAAAACAUAAACAGUUGGAACCAGAAUGUACUUCGCCUAUUGUACCAAAAAAUGAUGUAAGCUUGUUUAUUAAUCGAACCUUAUCUGACAUCGAAAAGCAUGUAGUGUUGACAAACUUAUGGUCACCACCAUUGAGUCAUUCAUUUCCAUUGUUAAAACAACAUGUCAAAAGGAAAAUUAAAUUUCAGUAUCGAUGGUUAGAAAAAUAUUGUUGGCUUUGUUAUUCUGAAAAAUUAGAAGGGGCUUUCUGCAAGUAUUGCAUAGUGUUUGCUAGAACAGGUGGCAUUGGUAGUCAAACCUUAGGCAGUCUUGUAUUGAAUGGCUUUCAAAAUUGGAAGAAUGCUUUAGAAGUAUUUGAAAAGCAUAAUGAACAUGAGUAUCAUAAAGUAGCAAUAUUAAAGGGUGAAAACUUUUUAAAAUUGUUUUCAAAAAGCCAACCAAAUAUUAUUGAGAUUUUGGAUGAUGAAAGAUUAAAACAAAAGAAACAAAAUAGAGCCAAUAUUAUUCCAAUCAUAAAAUGUGUCAUUCUUUGUGGAAGACAGGAACUCGCCCUACGUGGCCAUACAGAUUUUGGUCCAAUUUGUUUUAAAAGUGAAUCUGAACCAUACAUCAACGAGGGUAAUUUCCGUGCCAUUUUAAAAUACAAGGCUGAAGAUAUGGAGCAUUUAAAAAAUUUUUUAGAAUCUGAUGGUCGUUAUAAAUACACAAGUUCAAAGAUUCAAAAUGAAAUAAUUUCUUCCUGUGGUGAUUUAAUACUUAAAAAAAUUGUCAAGGAAGUUAAUAUGGCUGCCUGCUUCUCAGUAUUAGCAGAUGAGACAACAGACAUUUCAGUGAAAGAACAAUUGUCAAUUUGUGUCCGAUAUGUUGCCGGUUCUGGAACAGAUGUGUACUUAUGUGAACGUUUUUUGAUGUACAUUGAAAUUGACAGCUUAACUGGAAAAGAUCUUGCAUUUUCUAUUAUUAAUGGUUUAAAUUCUUGUGGAGUAAACUGUUCUAAUAUGCAUGGUCAAGGUUAUGACGGGGCUUCAAAUAUGGCAGGUCGCUUUAAAGGAACCCAAACCAUUGUGAGAGAAACUUACCCCAAGGCAUUAUAUGUCCACUGUGCGGCACAUUCAUUAAAUUGGCUGUGUCUGCAGCUUGUGAGAUUCAAGCAAUAA